UUCAACACCAUUUUCUCUCUCUGAAGAGUAAAGAGAGUGAAGAAGAGUGAGAACUAGGAAAGAAAGAAAGCACCUGACCCGUGAAACCAGGGGCUAAAACCUUGUAUUCUUCUUCUUCUUCCUCUGCACAAUGUUUGAUCAGAUAAAGCUUCAUACUUCAAAUUCAAUUCAUCUGUCUUUCCUUUCUCUUCAAUCCUCUCUGUAGUUCCAAAAUUAGUCAUCUUUCUUCUUCAUAUUCACUGAAAUCAAGGGCACCCAUUUAUUUCUUCUCUACUAUAUCAUGUGUCUGUCUAGCUAUCUAGUGUUCCAAUAGUUUGCAGGAGGAAUCCUUGGAAAUGGCUCUUCAGAGAAGCUAAAAUAAACUGGGUUUCCUCUAGAAACCUUGUUUUCUUAUUUCUGGUUUCUGGGUUUCCAAAGAGUUGAAGAAGAAACCUUCACAAAUGGCAUUUUGGUGCAUUUUAUCCCUCUUCUUGCUAUUGGGAUGUCUGUUUAAGUCGUCUCAACCUGUGUUUGCUCAGGUUCUCGAUGAAGAAGCUGCAUUGGUAGUUGCAAUCGGAAGAGACCUUAGAUUGUCUGAUUGGGGUUUCAACGGUUCCGAUUACUGCUCCUGGCAUGGUAUCCGAUGUAGCUCCGGUAAUCGGACGGUGGAAAUGCUCGAUCUUUCUCACCGGGCGCUUCAAGGUAAUCUAACUCUGAUCUCUGAACUUAAGUUCUUGAAAUGGCUUGACCUUUCAUACAACAACUUCCAUGGAAGUAUUCCUCCAGCUUUUGGGAACUUAUCUCAUCUUGAGUUUCUUGAUUUGUCUUCAAAUAUGCUUGGAGGUGUAAUUCCUUCAGAAUUGGGUAAACUCAGAAACCUUUUAUCAUUAAACGUGUCUGGUAAUUCAAUCUCUGGAGAAAUACCAAAUGAACUUGAAGCUCUUGAGAAUCUUCAAGAUUUUCAAAUCUUCACCAAUAGGUUAAACGGUUCUAUCCCGAAUUGGAUAGGAAACUUAACCAAUCUGAAGGUGUUUACCGCCUAUGAGAAUGAUUUCGUCGACGAAAUACCCGACAACCUUGGGUUGAACUCCGAGCUACGAAUCUUGAAUCUUCACUCCAACUUUCUGGAAGGAAGAAUACCCGAAAGCAUUUUCGCAUCAGGAAAGCUGCAGGUUCUUGUUCUAACCCAGAACCGAUUAGUCGGGGAUAUUCCUGAAUCGAUCGGGGAUUGCAAGGGACUUUCGAGCAUUCGAAUUGGUAACAACGAGCUCACAGGAAGGAUUCCUCUCACAAUUGGAAAUAUUAGUAGUCUUACAUACUUUGAAGCUGACAGCAAUAAUCUCACUGGAGAAAUUGUUUCAGAAUUUGCUAAAUGCACAAAUCUUACUCUAUUGAAUUUGGCUUCUAAUGGGUUUACUGGAAUCAUUCCUACUCAGUUAGGAGAUUUAAUGAAUUUACAAGAACUGAUCUUUUCUGGUAACUUCUUGUUUGGAGAGAUUCCCACUUCGAUUCUCAGGAUCAAGAAUCUGAACAAGCUUGAUUUAAGUAGUAAUAGAUUCAACGGUACAAUACCAGCCGAUUUCUGCAACACUUCUAGAUUGCAAUAUCUUCUUCUCGGCCAGAAUUCAAUUCGUGGCGAGAUACCAAAAGAGAUAUCUAGCUGCGGUAGGCUGCUCGAAUUGCAUUUGGGUGGGAAUUAUCUGACUGGUUUUAUACCCGCGGAGAUUGGUCGCAUUAAGAACUUGCAGAUAUCGCUUAAUCUCAGCCAUAAUCAUCUCGUUGGUGCGAUCCCUUCUGAUUUUGGGAAACUCGACAAGCUUGUUUCUUUAGACAUUUCUAAUAACCAAUUGUCUGGAAACAUCCCCUCUGAACUUAAGGGAAUGCUGAGUUUGAUUGAAGUCGAUUUCUCUCAUAAUCUCCUAACCGGACCGAUACCCACGUUUACGCCAUUUCAAAAGAGCCCGAAUUCGAGUUUCCUUGCGAAUAAAGCUCUAUGUGGAGAGCCGUUGAGCUCUUGUGGGGACUCCUACGACGAAAACCAUCGCGGGUUUCAUCAUAAGGUUUCUUAUAGGAUAAUAUUGGCGGUUAUAGGUUCUGGUUUGGCUGUGUUCCUAUCGGUAACACUGGUGGUUUUUCUAUUCAUGAUGCGGGAGAGGCAAGAAAAGGCUGCUAAAGACGCGGGGAUCAUUGAAGACGAUAGUAACAACACACCUGUGAUAAUAUCGGGAAAUGUCUUUGUCGAGAAUCUCAGCCAAGCGAUAGAUUUUGAUUCCGUGGUGAAAGCGACCCUUAAGGAUUCAAAUAAGCUGAGCAGUGGGACUUUCAGCAUGGUUUAUAAAGCUGUGAUGCCUUCGGGAAUGAUAUUAUCAGUUAGAAAGCUGAAAUCAAUGGAUAGAACGCUCGUUCAUCAUCAGAACAAGAUGAUUCGAGAGGUGGAGAAGUUUGGGAAAUUGUUUCACGAGAAUCUGAUGAGACCAAUCGGAUACGUGAUUUACGAGGACGUCGCACUCCUUUUGCACCAGUACAUGCCAAACGGGACGUUAGCACAGUUCCUUCACAAUCCAGAUUACAAACCGGAUUGGGUGCAGAGACUUGGUAUAGCAAUAGGGGUGGCAGAAGGGUUGGCUUUCCUUCACAAUGUGGCGAUAAUUCAUCUCGAUAUAUCUUCUGGAAACAUCUUAUUGGAUGCUAACUUCAAGGCUUUGGUUGGAGAAGUAGAGAUCUCGAAGCUCUUGGAUCCCUCCAGAGGCACAGCUAGUAUAAGCGCGGUUGCAGGCUCGUUUGGCUACAUUCCACCAGAAUAUGCGUAUACGAUGCUAGUUACUGCGCCUGGAAACGUGUACAGUUAUGGAGUUAUAUUGCUGGAGAUUCUAACUUCAAGAAUGCCAGUUGAGGAGGUAUUUGGAGAAGGAAUGGAUCUAGUGAAAUGGGUUCAGACUGCCCCUGGUAGAGGAGAAACUCCAGAGCAAAUAUUGGAUGCAAGGCUUAGUACAGUCUCGUUUGGAUGGAGAAAGGAAAUGCUUGCGGCUCUAAAGAUCGCACUCAUUUGCACCGAUAGCACGCCUGCCAAGCGGCCAAAGAUGAAGAAGGUGGUCGAAAUGCUUCGAGAAAUCUCAGAAAACUGAUAUGAAUGAAUGAAGAAACCAAUUGCUUAUUAAAUAUGUCAUGGUGGGUAAUUGAGAUUUUGGUUUUAGAUGAGGAGAUUGAUGAAACUAUGUUACUAUUAUUAUUGAAAGCUCAAAUUUGACUCA